CCUUACAUUGGUGCCUAAAUUGACUAGUUAUAAUAAAACAGAAGAAAUGCAGUCGUUGCUAGAUUAUAGUAUGAAUGAGUGUCCGUGGUAUUACUUUGAUAGUUCAUACAAAACGUUGUUAGGUGGUUGUUUAAUUGUUUUCGGUGUGUUCGGGGUGCUGCUCAACGGUUGGCUCUUUGCCACUUUUCUCCACAGUCACCUGCUCAUAUUCAGGAGCCAUGUCCUCGUACUCAAUCUUUGCUCAGCAUCACUCGGCAGGAAUUUGAUUAGAUUUCCAUUUGCAGCGUCAUCCGCUAUAGCUAAAAGAUGGCUCUACGGAACAGCGUCAUGCCAACUUUUUGCUUUUCUAAAUCAGUUUCUUGGUGUUUUUCAAAUGACCGCUUUAUUUACGCUAGUUCUGGAGAGGUAUAUGCUCGCAAGACAAAAAAGGAGAGAAAAAUUAGUGUACGUGAGGUAUUAUUGGAUUUUAAUAGCUGUGAGCUGGAUGAACGCCGUGCUCUUUGCAACCCCGCCACUGUUUGGAUUUGGGAUUUACUCUUGUGAUGCUACUGGGACUGUCUGCACUUUCUUAUGGCCAUCAAGCGCAGACGGCGGGAGACACUUGGGAUAUGCUGUGCCGUAUACCAUAGUCUGUGGUGUCAUACCAGUUGUUGGAAUAUUUUAUUAUAUGGGAAAAGCAAACCGGUUAGAGAGAAUUUACUAUAGAACAAGUGAACUUCGAGAGGAAAAACAUUUAACAAAGUGUAUUCAUGCGCUCAGUGUCAUAACUCUGGCUCUAUGGAUUCCGGCGGCCAUUUUGGCUGGAAGCCAGUGGUUUCCUCUACUUCUCUACGGCUACCAGCCUCAUGUAUCGCCGGUACUAGCAGUCAUUGCUCCCAUAUCUUCCGAGGCAGCAACAUGUGUUCCGGUAUUUUGUUAUUUAUCAGGCGACGACAGAAUACGAGCGGCUUUAUUGGGACGUAUGCGGAAGCAGUACGCACUUCUGCCUCCUCAGAGAGCUGCCAGAUAUAGAAGAGACUAGUCCGUAAAUAAAGCGAUUCAGUGUCUCUUUUGAAUGUCACAAGUGCAGUUUGGUCAGGCCCCACCGAUGUGGGGCAAUAUUAUGAUGAAUUUGACAAAUUACCCCGUGAUAUUUGGGGAAAGACGGCAAUAUAGACGAUUUUAAAUGUAACUAGAAGUGAAUAAAUGUAUAUGAAAUA